AUGCUGCUUGACGUUGGUCAUACUUGUCAUCCAAUCGAGCCAUAUGUUCCACCACCGAAAGUACUUCGAUGCUAUAUUUGUCAACAGUAUGAUGAUCACACAGCAGCACACUGUCCUAAUAAAGAUAAACCAAUUUGUUUCAAAUGUGGUCAACAGCAUCAGUACAAUCCUGAAUGUCAAAAUAGAAUCUGUUGCGUUCACUGCAAAGGUGAUCACAUGGCUGGUAAUCCUAAUUGUCCAAAGAAAAUCGAUACUCGUGAUUUGAAAAAAUCACAGGUAAAACCAUCAUCAUCAAUAACCCAUUUAUCGAAUAGAAAUAGAUGA